UUGGCCACAUCGCCUUGCGCCCACGCGAAGCCGCCGUCCAUGGGAGACACGGUCUCCACGCCGUCCCUUCGUGGUCCCCGCUUCACCCUAGAGCCGCCUCACCGACUAGAGUUCUCAAACGCCAGCGGCGGCGAGCUCCGUUGCGAGGCCCACGGCGAGCCUGCUCCGUUGCUCGUGUGGGCAACCGCCGACUCCGUUCCCGUCACGGUGGUUCCCGGCGUCCGCGUCUUGGCCGAGGACGGCGCGCUGGUGUUCCCGCCUUUUCCAGCGGAAGCCUACAGACAGGACGUGCAUGCAGCAUCUUACCACUGCAUAGCGUCCAACGAAAUCGGCACAGUGGCAAGCACAGACGUCCACGUCAGCGCUGUUGUGGACUACCACUACGAGCCACGCGUGCAGGACGCCUUCGUGAUCCGUGGCAAUACGGCCGUCCUCAAGUGCUACGUACCUUCAUACAUUCGCCAACACACGGUGGUCGACGCCUGGAUCCGCGAUGACGGCUUUACCAUCAAUGCAUCCGGCAACAAAGAGGACCGCUACUCCCUCCUCGACAGUGGUGAACUGUUGGUGCACAAUACAACAGCUGCAGAUUCAGACCGCAGCUACCGUUGCCGAACCCGGCAUCGCCUCACGGGCCACUUGGCUUCCAGCACCGUGGCAGGAAAAAUAUUUGUAUCCGAUGCCCAUGCUGUGACUCAAGUCAAGGUGACGCUCAGCCUUUCCGAUGUCUUAACGACUGUAGGAGCUCACGUCGACCUGCCAUGCGUGUCACACGGAUAUCCACUCCCUCGUUACACGUGGUACCACGAGGACCGUAGCGGCAGGCGCUUCGCCGUUGCCGAGUCUGACCGUCUCCAGUUUACCAACGGCGUGCUCAGCAUUCUCGGCGUCAACGUUCUGGACACGGGCCGGUACACCUGCCUCGCCAGGAACAGCGCCGGAGAGCAGACCAUUCAAACCGUGCUCUCAGUUGCAGUACCUCUGAGAGCACGGCUCGAGCCUGAGCUGCAGACGGUGGCUAUAGGCUUGCCGGCCGAAUUCAACUGCACCGUGGACGGGCAGCCCAUCAGCCGAGUCACUUGGAGAAAGGAUGGCGUGCCGCUUCUGCCGGACGGACGCGUCGAGCUACUCGCCGAGCACAGGCUUCUACGUAUCCGCACUGUGCGCCGGGAAGAUGCCGGCAUGUACCAGUGUUUCGCGGCCAACGACCACGACUCUUGCCAGGUGGCAGCGAGGCUAAAGUUGGACGACAUGUCGCCAACCUUGGAGGAGACGUUCGGAUCGGUGACCGUGAAACGAGGAGACGCCGUGUCUCUUCGGUGCCGCGCCCGUGGCAGCCCGACGCCCGAGAUCAGCUGGGCCAUCGACGGCGACUUUCUCUAUCCGUCGCAAAGACUCAGGAUCACCGCCGAACGCUCUCCGUCUGACGUGGAGUCUGUGCUGAACAUCUCAGACGCAAGGCUUGAGGACAGCGGAGAGUACAGCUGUGUUGCGCGUAAUGACAUCGCAACCGACGCUCAUUCGGCCAGAGUGGACGUCGAAGGAGAACCCUUCGUGCGACCACUGCGUAACGUCACUGUGGUCUCGGGCACCUUACUGACCCUACGUUGUCCAUAUGGCGGCUAUCCCAUAGAGUCUCUCACAUGGCGGAAAGCUGGGAUGGUGCUUCCUGUCAACUAUAGGCAGUCGGUGGACAACAGAGGGCGCCUUCUUGUGCAACAGGCGCUCAAGUUUGCCGACGAAGGUGAAUACACGUGCGCCAUCACGGGACAUUCUCAACUCGUGGCCAGUGGUUCGACCUACGUCUCUGUGGUCGUGGCUCCAACAAUCGACGAGCACUUCUUUCCCGACGUGGUCAAAGUGGAAGAAGGCAGCCGGUCUCGGCUCAUGUGCUCUGUGUCCAAGGGCGACCCUCCCCUGCGCUUCCGAUGGCUGAAGAACGGACUCAGGAUCAGCUCGCAUGGCGAGCGGGUAAUCGAGACCACGGACGAUUCCUCCAUCAUAAAGAUCGGUCGGGUACGAUUCGCGGACCACGGCGAGUACACGUGCUUCGUCUCCAAUGACGCUGCAUCUGUCAACCGAAGUGUGGAGCUCGUCGUGCACGUGAGCCCUCGCUGGAAAAUAGAGCCGCAAAACACGUCGGCCGUCCUAACGUCGACGGUGAUCUUGCACUGCUCCGCCGAUGGACAUCCGCCACCCGUCGUGACGUGGAAGAAAGGUGAAAGAAGCUACCCUCGCAACUUCUCGUACAUACACUACAACUUUCGGAACCAUCAAUUCAACAACGGUAGCCUUCUGAUACGUGAGGUGGAGGAAGCUGACGGAGGCUUCUAUUUGUGCGAAGCAGACAACGGCAUUGGAGCAGGCAUCAGCAGACUGGCCCACCUCAAGGUGAAAGUUCCACCGAAGUUCAAAGAAAAACAUCGGAGACUCUCGGUGAAGAAAGGCGAAAACCUGCAAGUGCACUGUCAGGCAGUCGGUGAUCCACCGACUACCUACUUCUGGGAGAAAAAUCAGAAGCCUAUUGACACAGAGAGGUACCACAUAAAAACUGUCGAAGGAUCCGGUGGAAAGUCGUAUUCUCUGUUGGAUAUGCAAGAACCAACGCGAGAUGAAUCGGGAGUGUAUUCAUGCAAAGCCAAGAACGACCACGGGGAGGAUACAAGCCACAUCCAAGUGAUUGUCCAAGAGCCACCGGAUGCCCCAGUAGGAGUUCAAGUAACGAACUGCACUAGUCGCUCUGCAACGGUGCAGUGGCAGACUCCGUACAACGGCAACAGCCCCAUCACACGCUACAUGCUGCACUACAAACUCCUUAAAGAUCCCUGGAAUGGACCCGUCUCCGUCCUAGUCAUUCUUGGUUCUGACACGCAAAGCACCGUUCGGGAGCUCCAACCUGUCACCGAGUACGCCAUCCGCGUUUCCGCCGAAAAUGCACUUGGACCCGGAGAGCACAGCGGUCAGGUUGUGGUCACCACUCUUGAAGAAGCUCCGUCUGGUGCGCCGUUAUCGCUCACGGUGCACACAACGGGUUCGCAAUCUCUCAAAGUUUCCUGGAAGGCACCGAAGAAAGAGCAGCAGCACGGUACCAUCUUGGGAUAUCGGGUCGGAUACCGCGUCGCCCACACCGACGACAGCUUCCAGUUCAAGCAGGUCGAGGUACGGCGUGUUCCCGGUUACGGUGGUGUUCCCUCCGGACGCAACGAGGAAAAAGAUGGCCGCGAAGGAGAGCAUGAAUAUGUUGAGACCACGUAUCUGACGAAUCUGCACCGUCUCACAAAGUACGGCGUCGUGGUCCAGGCGUACAACGCCGCUGGCACUGGGCCUGCUUCCGACGAGGUCAUAGCCACCACACUUGAGUCAGCCCCGCCUACAUCGCCCAGCAUAAAGGCCCUUCCACUAUCGAACUCGUCUCUACUGGUUCAGUGGGAAAGGGAGAAGAAGGAUGACUAUUCCGCGACGGAAUAUGUGCUGCACUACGGCACCGAAUUGGGCGAGUGGAACAAGAUGACGCUGAAUUCGAGCAAGCAGUCUUUCGUCCUGGAUGGCCUCAAGUGCGGCACCACGUAUCGCCUUUACAUGACUGCCUCCAACAGCAUUGGCACAGGAGAGCCUGGAGCCGAGGUCAUUGUACGCACCAAUGGCGCAGCUCCAAUAUCCCCGGCAAGCGACAAGUUCGUCGUCACCAAUGGCACCAGUGCCGCCUUGAACUUGGCUGCUUGGAUGACCGCCGGCUGUCCCGUGACCAGUUUUGCCGUCCAGUACCGGCCGAGGUUCCACAAGGCGUGGAUUCUGGCAGCGGACGCCAUCAGCCCUGGCAGGCGUCACUACGUGAUUGGAGAUCUCGCACCUGGCCGCCAGUACCAGGUGCGCGUAGUGGCACAGAGUGACGCCGGUGCAACGCAGGCCGACUUUCCCUUCCGCACCGCAGCGCUGCCUGACAGUGUGUCAACGCAGAGUCCAACUGCAAUCAAGGACCAGUCGGCGGUGCCAUUUCACCUGAAUGCAUCAAUGGUGGCUCCGCUGGCUGUGUGCGCCAUUUUAAUGCCCAUUGCCGUCCUUCUCGUCCACAUCUACUUCAAGAGGCAUCGGUCGCGUAGGAGCAGAGCCAUUGAACACGAGAGCCCCGACCCCAGUAAGCAGUAUUUUCAAGAUGCAGUGAUCCUGUCCGUGUUCAACCAGAAGGAACCAGCCAUGAAGAACAGCGUAGCAAGCUCAACCUACUACGCUUCGAUGUCAAACAAGACAUUGCCAUUAGCGAUCAAGAAUCAUAGGAGAUCCAUAGAACAAGAAAAGUGGGAUGCGCUUGCUGUGGCUGAGGCGCUGUGAAAAGUUUCAACUCAUGAGCUUGACGCAGACAACUCGUUCGUUGACCACCAGGGACCUGUCAUGCAGUGGUUGCGCUUAUAUGUGGAGCCAAGGGUGCCGGUGCUCUACACGGGCAGCGCAUCUACUACACCUUGCAUCUUGAGUAUCGUGCCAAGCAUCAAGGGCCACUACUGCCAGACUCAAUUUCAGUCAACAAAGUACGAACUGUUCUGGUGCUACCUUGGCCGCAUCAACUGAGACUUUACCCGUUGACCCGCACUCCGCGUUGACCGGUGUGCGGAACCAACAGCGAAGGAAAUAGUGAGAACGUUUGUGAUGGUCGUAAAGCAUACUGCUACACAGCGUGAACUGUGCUGUGGACAGUCGACAUUCCGGAAGAGUGUUCAGGCUGGACAUCGUUUGCUGUGUUCCGUUGAAUCGCUUGAUUGUAUCCCCAUUGUUGGGGAAGUGACAGUUGUGCCUUCUCUAUGCUCUGUUUGAAGACAUUAAAACGAGCAUCAU